UUGAUUCUCUUUUCGUCGCCCUAGCUGGGCCACUAAAACCCUGAUUGGAAGAGAGCACGGAAUACCUUUUAGGGUUUAGGUGCGAGAGAAUGAGGAGGAUCAUCGGCAUUGUGGUGUCUAACAAGAUGCAAAAAUCAGUGGUGGUGGGGGUGGAUCGAUUCACGCAGCACCCACUGUACAAGAAAUACGUCAAGAAGACGACCAGGCUCAUGGCACACGACGAGGCCAACGCUUGCAACAUCGGCGACCGGGUGAGGCUCAACCCCUCGAGGCCGCUGAGCAAGAGAAAAGCGUGGGUUGUGGCGGAGAUCUUGCAGCGAGCAAAGAUUUACGAGAUGGGAGUUGCCCUGCCGCAGGUUUUGAGCGACGACGAAGACGACGUCCUUGAUGCUCUUGGCAACCUCAAAGUGAGCAGCCAAACACCAGCAGCAGCUCCUACGGCUGCCUGAAAGCAUUUGGUUUUGUUAGCUCCAAAUAUCAAGUUGAGAAGAACUGGCUCGCUCAAGAGCUCUUCUCCAAUAUCUCAUUCC